AUGACUGAUGAUGAUGCCGAUACUCUUAUUGUAACUACAGCGGUCGCAAUAAGUGACAAUUUACCAGAAGGGACCGUAGCAGUAGUUAGCGAAGAUACGGACAUUAGAGUGUUACUGAUUCAUUAUUGCCACAAGAGACUGUUUAUGAUUCCUCCGGGAAAGGUGUCAAAACCAAAUAAAAUAAUCGACAUAUCAGCCUUACAACAAAAAUUGGGGGAUCUGAAGAAUGUGAUUCUUAGUGUCCACGCUAUAUCUGGUUGUGACACAACGUCUGCUGUGUUCAAUAAAGGGAAGAUUAAUCUAGUGAACACCGUCCAGAAGAAAAAGUUGUUUGAGCUAUUAAAAGAAUUUUAUAAUCCCGAGGCUACAAAGGAGAAGUUAGAAGAAGUUACAUCUCAGUUUUUUAUAGCAGCAUAUGUUAAAAACUCGACAAAAAAAGUAGGUUUGGAUAGUGCCAGAUACAUGCUUUAUCAACAGUACGUAGCUAAGCGAAGUCUCUUAAUACCAACUUCAAGUUGGCAUCAUUACCACCUACCUCCAAUAGUGCGAAAUAUCAUGGACUUAGAGUUUUUCAUCAGGUACAGGCUUGGUUAA